AUGAAGGUCCAAUCGGAGAAGCCAUCAGUUGCAGAGCACAUAGAAACCGCUACUGCUACAGAUGGUGACAGUGACCAUGGCCUCUUCAAAUCACGAUAUGACCAGCUGUCGCUGCCCCAGACACUCUGGGUAUUCAAGCGCGUUAUUCUUGUAACGCUAGCAGUUUACACUGGCUAUGUGUGCGAAGGAUUCGAGCUCGGAGCCGGCGGCACUGUGAUUGCCAAUGCUGGCUUUAUCAAACAAUUUGGAUCGAGAGACGGCACGGGAGUUCGAGCCCUUGAUCCCACGUGGGUAUCUACCUGGAGCUCGCUCUUGAACGUGGGCCAGAUCGUCACGUUUACACACAUCUCUUGGUUUGCCGACAAAUAUGGUCGCAAGACUUCAUUCUACCUUGCCUGGCUAUGGCUCGUCGUUGGUUGUACGCUGCUCAAUACGGCCAAGACACCUGCGGUUUGGGCAAUCGCCAAGUUGUGUAAUGGCGCGGGCAUUGGUGUACUCCAGGUCGUCUGUCAGGUUUAUGUGAUGGAGAUUUCCCCCAAUCGCAUCCGAGGUGGUCUGGUGACAUUCCAGGCUGUCUGGAGCAAUAUUGGCAGCAUCAUAUGUUCGGUCAUGAUGCAACAUCUCAAUCAAACGUAUCCCGACGACUACAUCCUGGCCAUGAGGAUUCUGUGGGCUCCUGUUGGACUCAUGAUUCUUUGUUGGGUGUUCAUCCCAGAGUCGCCGUGGUUCCAUGCUCGCCACGGUAACAAAGAGAAAGCUAUUAGAGCAAUGACUCAGCUAUACGGCGGAAUCCCCGACUUUGACUUUGAGGAAGAAUAUAGCAUCAUCGAGCGUACGAUUAAACACGAGAAGCAGAUGCUACAAGCUGGACCAGGAUAUUUACAAGUAUUCAAGGGAUUAAAUCUGAAACGUACACUUACGGUCAUGCUCCUGGCCAUGUCCCAGCAACUCGUCGGUCUAGCCAUCAUUAGUACCUAUUCGACAUACUUCUUUUCGUUGGCCGGUUUGCAGGAUCCGUUCUUGGGUACUGUUAUUCUAUCAUGCUGUAAUCUUCUUGCUGUUAUUCUCUGGUCUUUCAGCACUGAUAAAUUGGGUCGCCGUACCAUCAUAAAUACAUGCGAAACAUUUAUCUGUGUUAUUCUAUUUGUAGUUGGCGGUCUUUACUGGACUGGCGCAACAAAUGGGAACGCGGCAGCAGCAACAGCCCUUCUCGUCAUUUGCUGUUUCUGGACAUUUGCAUUUCAAGUCAUUGCCAUGUCGUACUAUCUGUAUUCCGCAGAGCUCCCUUCCGCCUUUCUUCGAGUCAAGACGGGACCCAUUGCCUUUUUCACAAACUCUAUUUUGGGUAUUGCUACUUGGCGCUCCGCUGCUGAGAUUGACGAACUGUAUGAGCGUAAGAUACCAGCUUGGAGAUGGAAUGAUACAGUCACCAACGCUGAGAGAGAGAUGCGUGCCAUGUUUGGAGAGAAAUCGGAUAUUGCUUAA